CUCACGUAAUUUUCUACCAGGCGCCAAGGCAUCACCGGCGGCCGCAACAAGAACAACACCACAGGCCAGAACAAGGGCAGCGGCCAGUCGUCCCCUGCCUCGUCCACGUAUCAACCCUCGCCCACGUCGUCCCAGCCGCCGUCAAUUCCCGCGAUCCCCCAUUCGCCCGCUUUGCCCGCGCAGAUGUCGCUCGAGAGCCAGCAGCAAGCGGCCGACGCGGCGCAGCAGUCGAACCGCAAGCCGCCCUUCUUCUUCCGCGAGGAGUAUGCCGGCCUCAUUGUGCGCGGCAACUUCAUGACGCUGGCCGCCAAGCCUGAGCUUGUCGAGACGGGCGAGUGGCUUGCUCAUCAAGUGGUCGAGCAGUACCGGCUGCUUGAGCAGAUGAUCGACAUAAUCAAGGUGAUUGACGAGAAAACCGGCGCCCCCGUCUGCAAUCCUAACGUCUGCCCUACCAUGUCUGCUUCCGGCCACACAUACACCUGGCUCGACAACAAUAAAAAACCCAUCAAGAUCCCCGCCAUCCAGUACAUCAACCUCGUCCAAAAAUGGAUCGUCGGCAAAAUCAACGACUCGUCCAUCUUCCCUACUGACACCACCUCCUUUGCCGCGGCCACCUACGCUUCCGGCUCUCUCACCCCCAUGUCGGCGCCGCAGCCCCUCGGCCCAACCAACCUCAACGCGCCCCUCAGCACCCUCGCCGGCCGCGACUGGCUGGGUAAGUCGUCCGGCUUCCCCGAGAGCUUCGACUCGGACAUCAGAAGCAUCUACCGCCAGAUGAUGCGCUGCUACGCCCACCUGUACCACGGCCACUGGCUGGACCCCUUCUGGAACGUCAACGCGUACAAGGAGCUGAACACGUGCUUCAUUCACUUCGUGAACGUCGGCAAGCUGUUCGAGCUCAUCGGCGACAAGGAGGUCGAGCCCAUGCAGCCGCUGAUCGACCUCUGGCUCGCGAAGGGCUUGCUACCGCCGGCGCAGGGGCAGGCCCCGCCGCCAGCCGCGAAGCAAGAGAACGUCGCGCCGCCGCAGCAGAGCGCGCCCGGGACGGCUACAUGAGGAGCAAAGGUAAGAGAGCACGAAAUUGCGUUUGUUAGCGAGCGAGUAAGCGAGAUGCAGCGAGUUGGCACGAGAAUGGAAGCGGGUCCUGGUAACUUGAAAG